AUGCCGAAAAAUAGAAAAAAUUGCUCGUCGAGGGAGAACGAUGUUCCGGCUGCUCAACAAAGCGUUGAAUCCAGGACUGCGAUUUUCAAUACAAGUGACCCCACACCAGUGGCAGUAAAAGUGAUAAUAGCAUUGGCAGGGCCCCUUGAAGAAAGACAAAGGGAGAUAGAAGCUCUUCGCAACGGUACACACUUUGGAUGCAAUGGCAUUAUCAGGAAGAACUACACAAAAGGACAUGACAGGAUGGAAAUCAUAUGUUUAUAUAGGACUGGAAAGAAUUUAGAAAAAAUUACCCAUGAAGCGAGAAUGAUGCUCAAGAGGCUUAAUAAAUGGUUGAAUCGAAGACUGAAAUGGGAUAACGAUUUGGUGAGACUGGCGUAUGAAGAAUUGAUGCACACAAGAUCCGUGAGGCCACCGCAAAGGUCAAAGGGAAAUAGUUUCGACUUCAAGACAAGUGACCCAACACCAAUGGAAGUACUCGGUGAUAAUAGCAAUAUCAACGCACUUUGGAACAAACAAAGAAGAUAA